CCCUUGAGCCUGGUCCAAAAACAUGUUUACGGGUUAUCAACACAAUGGAGAACCCGAGAGGUCUGUGGCAUCGGAGAGGGAGUUGACUUUGUUAGAAAUAUCUCCCGCUGCCUUGCUCCAUUUCAGACCUGAAAUGGAAGCUUCUUGUGAAGAUUUACAGCUAAAGCUAAAGUAGCGGUUGGAGGCGGUGGGAGAGGCUGGAGGAGAGGGUUGAACAGAAGGGAACAUCAGGCAGAAGACGGUAAAGAUGGCGGACCGCUCGGCUCCAUCUGCGGCUCCCAUCUCCCCAGUGCAGCAGAUGCUGGCCUCUGGCACUGGAGCUCUCCUCACCUCCAUCAUGGUCACACCGCUGGACGUUGUGAAGAUCCGCCUUCAGGCCCAGCAGACGCCCUUCCAUAAAGCUUCGGCUUCAGACUCUGCUGCGUGGGGUCGAGUCCUCCGUCCAUCCAAGUGGAAGUGCUUCUUGUAUUGUAACGGACUCAUGGACCACAUCUACGUUUGUCAAAAUGGAUCCCACUGCAGCAGCUGGUACAAGACGCCCACCCACUUCAACGGCACCCUGGACGCGUUUGUUAAAAUCACCCGUUACGAAGGACUCCGGUCUCUGUGGAGUGGGCUGCCUCCAACUUUAGUCAUGGCUGUUCCUGCGACGGUCAUCUACUUCACCUGUUACGAUCAGCUUAGAGACUUCCUCCGCUUUGGUCUGGGCUUUCAGGGCAGCUACGUCCCCCUGGUGGCCGGGGCACUCGCCAGACUGGGCGCUGUGUCUGUGAUCAGCCCUCUGGAGCUGGUGCGCACUAAGCUGCAGUCUCGUCGUCUCACCUACACAGAGCUCAGGGUGUGUAUUCGCUCUGCUGUGGCUCAGGACGGGCUGCUGUCUCUGUGGAGAGGCUGGGGCCCGACAGUGCUGCGGGACGUCCCAUUCUCAGCUCUGUACUGGUUUAAUUAUGAACUGGUGAAGGCCGAGCUGUGUGAGAGAUACGGGACUCCUCCAAACUUCUCCGUCAGCUUCACCUCCGGGGCCAUCUCUGGAGCGAUUGCCGCCAUUUUGACUCUGCCGUUUGACGUCGUGAAAACUCGGCGACAGAUUCAGCUCGGGGAGAUGGACUCACUCGGAGUGUUCCCGAGGAAAACUUCAUCCACUUGGCAAAUUAUGAAGGAAAUUCAGACCAAUUUGGGAUACAGGGGCCUUUUCGCAGGCUUCAUGCCGAGAGUGAUCAAAGUUGCCCCGGCGUGCGCACUGAUGAUCAGCACUUACGAAUUUGGAAAAGCAUUUUUCCAGAAAAUUAACCUGGAUCAAACUCGAAUGACAACCUGAAACUACCGGCUCUCUGUAUGUGAGGCGUUGGCUGUUUUAUCACCAAAAAAAUCUAACUUUGAAAAGAACUUUUGAAAGAAGCUUUUGAAGAAUUUAAGGAGUUUUUGGAGUUGACAGAAUGGACAACAGAUUUUGAAUUUACUUGGUCAACCAUUGAGACUGCUACAAAAGGCAAGAAACUGACCAAGCAUGAGCACAAAUUGUCAACAAAAUGAAAAUAUGACAAAAAACUAUGAACUUUUCUUGCUCUUCGAUAAAACUUUUACAUUUAUUGGGGCUAAUGUUUGCAUGGUAAUGUAACGUUACCCAGUUCACUUGAAUCUACGGGCCUUGGACUUCUACAAAAAGCCGCCAAAGUGGGACUCGUUUUCAUUUUUAUACUUUUGGAUGUCAUUCAUUUGAAAAUAUGACACAAGGAUCUACUUAUGCUGGGUUGAAAUGAUUGUUGAAAAAACAAAACAAAAAAUUGUUCAUGUCAGUUCAUAGCAAGGGUUGGACCAGUGGCUCUCAAACUCUGUAGCACCUCAGGAAAGGAUGUCAUUUCACAGUCACAUAUUUAUCAAAACAGACUAAAAACUGUGUCCUUUUAAUCCAAACCUUUGUCCAAAUUCUGAUGGGCCCUUGUUUAGUGUAAGUCUAAAGUUACCAGCUGGAUGUUUCUUUAAAGUUACUCAAGAAAAUCCAUAUUGCUCCACGUGUAAUUAACCUCAAACCGGUGAAUUCAAGCUCGGUUCUUAUAGUUUACUGAGGGCUUUAUAAGACUGGCUUAGUUCCUGUUUGCGAAUGGUUUCUGAUUUAAAAAGAAGGUAAAAUGCAACAGUAUUUGAAUAUAAAAUGUACUUUAAAGGAGAGAUUUACACCUUUUUAGUCUGAAUAACUGAUAAUAAACAGAUUUGUACUAUAAUGACAAAGUUGAAGUUUCGGGGAACUCGAGAAUAAAACGUUGGCAAAACUUUAUGUAUAAACCCAGGCCUGUUGACAGAUAUUUAAGGGCCUGGAGCAAAAAGCUUCACGUGGGCCCCUUUAAUAUAAAUUCAGGAUGAGGGUCCAAUUCUGGGCCCCCAAUCGUGCGUUCACACCGGGGGGUCAAAAACUCAUUGGAGGCCUCUAUUUGGACACCUAAUCUGCUGACUAUAACUAAACCUGGACUAAAACCAGCCUUGGUACCACAGUUUGAGAACCACUGGAGGUUAUUCAUAAUAUUGUAAUGCCUUUCUUCAUGCACGUCAAUGGCAACGGCCGUAACAGGAAGCUAAAAUUUAAGGGGCACUCUGUAACUUUUCUGGUGGAGGGUUUACCACCUGCUUGUCUCAGUAGAGAUGUUCUUGGUUAGCUUGGAAUGUUCUACAGUAUGGCAUUAAACAUGAUAAUCUUCAUGGAGACAAGCGGGAGAUGCCACUUAUCCAAGUUACAGGUCAUAUCUAUGGAGAGGCGACCCCACUCAUAGAAAGAGUGUGUUUUCAAAGGUAUUUUUGAGCAAUAAAAACACCCGUAGUGGAUUAAAUGCUGGAUUGAUAAAUUUAAUGCCAUACUGUGGAAGAUGCAAGGUAAAGUAGUAAUAUCUCCAUGGACACAAUCAGGUGGCAGACACUCAAAAGUUACAUAGUGGACCUUUAAAACGCCAAAUCAAAGGCUUGUGCGGUGCAUGCCACGAAGGUUGGGCAGGCAUCAUAGCACUUCAUAUAGUUAUUCAAGGGGAAAAAGCCAUUAUAAACGACGCACAAUGAAAGAGUAUGGGAAAUAUAUUUAGUUUAAUACAUGUUUGCUCUGUAUCCAUUUCAUGUAAAGUAUUCACCAAUCAAAGCUAGUUACUUGUACACUGGAUCAUAACGCAUUGCCUUAAUAUCUAUGGCCUGUUUCAUCAAUGUGCCAAUAAAAGAGGGCAUGAAAUACGUCUUUUUUUUUUCAGUCUUGGAGUCGUAUUUGAGGAAACUGUGACGUCUGGUGGUAAAAGAGCAAAUCACAAGUUGACAAAGUGAAUCCUAAAGAUGGAGAAGUUUGGGAACGUCAGUAAGGACUGGUCUCAGUCAAUGAAAUAUGAAUCAGGAAUUAAAUAUACAGGGUGUCCAUAAAGUCUCUCUACAAUGUUAAAAUGUAAUUACAAAGGCAAGUGAUAAGAUAUAUUAAUUUGAUUUGUUCUGUUGUACUCAGUGGUUAUAAAAGUUUUUAAUCACAUUG